UUCUCUUUAUCUCCGCCUGUUCCUUUACUCCCCACACAGACUAAGACUUACUUGGCUAAAGCACAGAGGGCAAUGGCCCUCCGUGCCGGGCUGGUCCUGGGACUGCACACCCUGAGGAUCCUCCUGAGCCCGAAGGAAGCAGGUGCCAUCACGGCUGACCACAUGGGCUCCUACGGACCAGCCUUCUACCAGUCUUACGAUGCCUCGGGCCAGUUCACCUAUGAGUUCGACGGGGAGCAGCUGCUGUCCGUGGACCUGAAGGAAAAGGAGGCGGUGUGGCGUCUGCCUGAGUUUGGCGACUUGGCCCGCUUUGACCCACAGGGCGGGCUGGCUGGCAUUGCCAUGAUCCAGAUGCAUCUAGAUGUCUUGGUGGAACGCUCCAACCGCACCAGAGCCACCAGCGUGCGCCCAAGCGUGACCGUCUUCCCCAAGUCUCCAGUGGAGCUGGGCCAGCCCAACACCCUCAUCUGUGUCGUGGACAACAUCUUCCCCCCUGUGAUCAACAUCAGCUGGCUGCGCAAUGGCGAGACGGUCACCUUGGGAGUGACCCAGACCAGCUUCUACUCCCGGCCCGACCACUUGUUCCGCAAGUUCCACUACCUGGCCUUCGUGCCCUCCGCUGCCGACGUCUACGACUGCAGGGUGGAGCACUGGGGCCUGGACGCGCCGCUCCUCACGCACUGGGAGCCACAGGUGCCCACCCCACUGCCAGACACCACGGAGACCCUGGUCUGUGUGCUGGGCCUCGCCUUCGGCCUGGUGGGCUUCCUUGUGGGCACCAUCCUCAUCAUCACUGGCACACGCAUGUCCAGAGCUGCCCCCAGGUCAUGACCCUCCCAAGAGAAACAGACUGUGGGAGGCCCCGGACAGACCCCCUGUGGUUCCCGACAGCCCCGGUAUCCGCUGAGCGCGUGCCCUCCCCGCUGUGCUGGCUUUGAGUGGGAACCACCUUUGCUUCAGCCCCAGCACGUCCCAUAGCUCCCAUUCCCACCCCAACACACACACACACACACACACACACACACACACACACACACACGUUCUUGCUACGCCCAAAGUUCUGGCUGCUGUUCGCAAUAUAUUCUUUCUACCAGCUCUUGGCUAAUUCUCCCAGGGUGUGAGGGACGUUGGGACCCAGCAGAGGGGAUUCUGGGUGGCGACCCCUGAGCAGGGCAGCCGUGUCCCAGCCAGUCCAGCAGUGCUCUGCUCCACUCGGCUUCUUGAGUGUAUGAUGUGAAUGGGUGUUGGACAAGGACUGUGUGAGAUUUCCCUGCUGAAUUCAGAUUGGCCUUGAGAGGGAGGCAGAGUAUCCGGUUUGUGGCAGCCCCUGCACCCCACGGCAGUUUGGAGGAUUUCGUGUUUGUCCGGAUCCACCCAGCCUUCCUCUGGGGUGCCACCCCCCUUUGCUACAUUUCCUAGAGUCCUAGGCAUGCCAAAGAAAGGGCAGUGAGAAGGGAAGGGGGUGACGCCCCUCGAUGGCAUCACUUUAGGUAGGAGGGUGGUCUCUGGCAGAAACAGAGGCUAAGACCCCCCGAGCGCUCUAACUGUGUGACCUGGAAGAUUUAAUUUUACUGUGAGCAAAAUUAAAAAUGCACGCAAAGAGAUGAGUAAUCAUACAGGGAGGUGUAUGUCAACCUUGAACACACAAGAGAAUCACCCAGGAGCCCUCCAGUAAGUACAGGCGCCCCCCAGAGCUGCCCAAGGAGACACCUGUGGCAGGGGGUAGUGGUGGCAGAAGCCUGCCAUUUAUUUAUUUUUUUAAGAUUUAUUUUAUUUAUUUUAAAGAUAGAGUUACAGAAAGAGAGAGGUCUUCCAUCCACUGGUUCACUCCCCAAAAGGCCACAACAGCAGGAGUUGAGCUGAUCUGAAGCCAGGAGCCAGGAGCUUCUUCUGGGUCUCCCAUAUGGGUGCAGGGGCCCAAGGACUUGGGCCAUCCUCCCCGUUAGAAGGAAGCUGGAUGGGAAAUGGAGCAGCCGGGACUUGAACUGGUGCCCGCAUGGGAUGCUGGUGCUGCAGCCCUGGGCUUUAAUCUGCUUCGCCACAGCAGUGGCCCCAGGAGUCUGUCAUUUUUAACUUACUCCGCAUGGUUCUAAGCUGAGGUUUAGUAACCAGGACCCCCUGGUGUGGUCUGGCGUGCUGGAGGUCUUGGCAGGGGAGCUGAGAUCCGAGGAGGGCCAGGAAGGCUUUGUGGAGAACUUGAGUGGGAGACGGAGUUGAAGUUGAUCAGAUGCAAGUAAGUGUGGGGGCAUCGCAGGAGCCCAUGUUAGGUUCCUGGCCUUUUUUUUUUUUUGUAACACAAACCCCCUUAGAACCGUCACAUACAUCACAAAGCGCAGGACAUUUGCACUGAAGAUACAGGGGAGGUGCACAGACACCAAGGGUGGGUUUGGCCAGGCUGUGCAGGGAACAGACCUUACCGCUGAAAAGCCAGCAGCACCUGGAACAGCCCCUCCCGGGCACCCCUGGGUCGUGUGGUCUGUGUCCUGUGACACCUGGGCAUGCUGGCCACCUUCUCUGGGGACUGACUUUCCUGCUAACAGGUGCGCCUUCCAACUCCUGAGUUCACAGCAUCUCUGUUUUGCCCACCCACAGGGGCUGUCUCCGUUACCACGUACAAGGCUUGGCUUGGGCCAAGUGUGGGGCAGGUGUUCCUCCCAGUCCAACGCUCUUAGGGAAGGGGUACAGGAUCUCAUGUCACCCACGUGGCUGCCCAGCCAUGCCUCCGAGUGAGGGUUCAGUUAUGCUCAGAGGGAGAAGGAUGGGUUGGUUCUGAGGAGACACCAUGGGACACUCCUGUUCCUGAGACACCCUGGUCUCUGCUGAUCCUUUGCCUAAAAGCUAACUGGAUGCACCAUUGCUAAGGUGUUUCUCUGAGUUCUGUCCUAAAGCUUAAUAAAGUCAUGGAAAGUGUCUAA